CCCUUAGUUAAAAAUGGCUUUCCACGUGGAAGGACUGAUAGCUAUCAUCGUAUUUUACCUUCUCAUAUUGCUGGUUGGAAUUUGGGCUGCAUGGAGAACCAAAAACAGUGGCAGCGCAGAAGAACGCAGUGAAGCCAUAAUAGUUGGUGGACGAGACAUUGGCUUGUUAGUUGGUGGAUUUACCAUGACAGCCACGUGGGUUGGAGGAGGGUAUAUCAAUGGGACAGCUGAAGCAGUCUAUGUACCAGAUUAUGGCCUAGCGUGGGCUCAGGCACCAAUUGGAUAUUCACUUAGUCUGGUGUUAGGUGGUCUGUUCUUUGCAAAACCUAUGCGUUCCAAGGGAUAUGUGACCAUGCUAGACCCAUUUCAGCAGAUCUAUGGAAAACGCAUGGGCGGGCUCCUCUUCAUCCCUGCGCUAAUGGGAGAAAUGUUCUGGGCUGCAGCAAUUUUCUCUGCACUAGGAGCCACCAUCAGCGUGAUCAUUGAUGUUGACGUGCAUGCCUCCGUCAUCGUGUCUGCGCUCAUUGCCACUCUGUACACCCUGGUGGGUGGUCUCUACUCUGUGGCCUACACAGAUGUUGUUCAGCUCUUUUGCAUUUUUGUAGGACUGUGGAUCAGUGUCCCCUUUGCCUUGUCACAUCCUGCAGUCUCCGACAUUGGGUUUACUGCUGUGCAUGCCAAAUACCAGGAGCCCUGGCUGGGGACCAUUGAAUCCUAUGAAAUCUACACAUGGCUUGAUAGUUUCCUGUUGUUGAUUCUGGGUGGAAUCCCAUGGCAGGCGUACUUCCAGAGGGUCCUCUCUUCAUCCUCAGCCACCUAUGCUCAAGUGUUGUCUUUCCUGGCAGCAUUUGGGUGCCUGGUGAUGGCUCUGCCAGCCAUACUCAUUGGGGCCAUUGGAGCAUCAACAGACUGGAACCAGACUGCAUAUGGGUUUCCAGAUCCCAAGACGAAUGAAGAAGCAGACAUGAUUUUACCGAUUGUUCUGCAGUAUCUCUGCCCCGUGUACAUUUCUUUCUUUGGCCUUGGUGCUGUUUCUGCUGCUGUUAUGUCUUCAGCUGAUUCUUCUAUCUUGUCAGCAAGUUCAAUGUUUGCUCGGAACAUCUACCAACUUUCCUUCAGGCAAAAUGCAUCAGACAAAGAAAUUGUCUGGGUCAUGCGAAUCACGGUGUUUGUGUUCGGAGCCUCUGCAACGGCCAUGGCCUUGCUGACGAAGACGGUGUACGGGCUGUGGUACCUCAGCUCAGACCUCGUCUACAUCAUCAUCUUCCCUCAGCUGCUCUGCGUGCUCUUCGUCAAGGGAACCAACACUUACGGGGCUGUGGCAGGUUACAUCUCUGGGCUUUUCCUGAGAAUAACUGGAGGGGAACCAUACCUGUACCUUCAGCCCUUGAUCUUCUACCCCGGUUAUUACUCUGAUAAGAAUGGUAUAUAUAAUCAGAGAUUCCCUUUUAAAACACUGUCCAUGGUUACCUCAUUCCUAGCUAAUAUUGGUGUCUCUUAUCUAACCAAAUAUCUAUUUGAAAGUGGAACCUUGCCACCAAAAUUAGAUGUAUUUGAUGCUGUUGUUGCAAGGCACAGUGAAGAAAACAUGGAUAAGACAAUUUUGGUCAAAAAUGAAAAUAUUAAAUUAGAUGAACUUGCGCCUGUGAAGCCUCGGCAGAGCAUAACUCUCAGCUCAACCUUCACCAAUAAAGAGGCCCUUCUUGACAUCGAUUCCAGUCCAGAAGGGUCUGGGACUGAAGAUAAUUUACAGUGAUCCCAUCUAAAUAAAAUACUGCUUUUGCAAACAGGAUAGUACUGGAAAGAUUGUUCAUGGCACAUAGAAUACAUAUUAAAAAUACAAACAAUGUUCAGGAGAACAAAAGCCUUGCAAAAAAUAUGAAUAUGUAUUAAAGAAGGGAUUCAGAGAAAGUAACGUGCAAUAGGACAAAUACAGACCAAACUAGAAGGAAGCAGCUAUGAAUUUUAUUUCAUUGUUAUUUUAUUUCUUAUCCAUAGUAGUUUCAAUUUUAAUAGUAGGUAGUUUUGUUAGGUAUAUAGAAAUGAAAAAAACCCCAAAGAAAAGAUGGCCAGAAUAUUUAUUAUUUUUAUGAUAAAGGAGCAUGCAAAUGAAAGAGCUUUAAAAAAAGGAAAUUGGAUGAUUUUGAUCCAAACUUUGUUAGCUAAUGCACUGGUGAGUCAGAUUAAUUGUCAAGCUGAGUCUGAGAAUAACUCACAGUUACUCUGAUGAAUGGUGUAAUAAGUAAAUCAGUUGAUUUUUUCUCGACAUGAUGAUUAACUCCUUCUUUCAUGGUCUAAACAUUUGCUGAACAUGCAAUCUCCACCCCGACUCCAGUGCAGGGGAUCUGACCCAAUGUCUAGGCAAGUUCUCUGAUGCUGAGCUACAUCCUCAACCCUGUAACCUGUCAUUCUUUUAGUAAUGGCAUAUAUUAUUCUGAGCACAGGCAAAGCAAAAACACAAAAAUUAUUGCAUAGUGGCAUUUUUUAUGUGCACAAUGAUAGAAAAGAGAGAUGAUUUUGGAAAAAGAACCCUGGAAUCCUUUGAGUACAUCCAUAACUAAGAUAUGCAUAGAUAAGAUUACCUGGAGCAUAGCAAAAUCAUUAGGCAAACUUACAGCAAUAAAUCAAGAAGGACAUUAAAUGGAAAGUGAUAUGAAGAUUACAUUUUUAUCUUCAGCUCAAGUAUACACAGUUUUGCUGCAUGAUAAAAGAAAUAGUAUUUUGGUUGACUAUUCAAAACAGGUUUGGAAGUGAAAAUGGACCAUAUGUAAGGAGCAGUAGCUACACAGCACCAUAAUGGUGGAUGAGAGACACACUAUUAAAUUAACAUGUAUUUCACUGAAUAUUUAUUACCAGAAGUUGUCAAAGCAUCUCCUCACAGUAAACUGGAAAAACACAUCUCACUUAUUGUUUUAUAUUCAUUAAUGGGGUAACCUAGUGUUAAGGGAUCUGCUCUGUGGCACUUUUUCGCACAUGCCAGGUUUAGGUGCCGGAUAGAAAGUUUAUAUUGAAUUUUAAAAUGUGACCAAAAGUGGAAAAUAAAAAUAAGUUCUAAAGGGAAGAAGCCAUCAAUUUUAACACUUGAUGUGUACAUAGUUUUCAUGAGGUCAGUCAUUAUUAUUUUACUCCUUUUCUGGAGUUAGAAUACAUAUAUAUACAUAUAUAUAUAUAAAAUGGUUUUUAUCCAUUAUAGAAUUUAAAAUUCUUUACCACCAGUCACACAUUAUUGAAAUAACUAGAGCUGUAUUGACGAAAUCAAAGUGCAUUUAUGAGCUGAAUAAUUUUCUGGGAAUUUUAUCCAAUUAAAAAAAAGCCAAUCUGAAUUUUGAAAUGGAAGCACUUUUUCUAAAAAACAUACCUUUUUGUGAUUCAUAAACAAAAUGCUAGUAAUUCCAUGUCUAGCAUUAAGUCUAUACACUGUGUUCCUGACCCUAGAAUUCCUUUUUGUAGGCUUUAAUUGGAAUUAUCUCAAAACAAAUUUCUUCUUCAUUAUAAAACAUGAAUUAAGUUUCCAAGGUAAUUUGUUAAAUGUGAAAUGAAAUCAUUUUACAUGUUGUAAUGUCCUGUAUUUUCAGUGCUUUAUCAAAAACUGCUGGUAAAUAUGACAAUACGUUCAAAAUCUUUUUUGAACAUCAUACAUACCUAAAUGAAGAUAACUUUUUGUUCAUCGGUUUCCUCAGAAUUUACUCAGUACUGUGAAGUACUUGCAAGGGGCAUAGUUUUGGAAACUGUGAGGACAGGAAUCCAAGAUAGUUAGACAUGAAUUGAGAGGAGAGCCAGGGAAAGGAAAUUGAUCAGAGGAAAAAAACAGAUUAAAACAUAUGACAUGUAAAAAUAUUAACUGAUGGGGACUACAGUUCCUGCAAGAGUGGAAUUCCACACGUACCAUGUUCUCCAGCACACCGUCCAAACAGUGGCUCUGUCCACUCCACCACGGUAACAUUCCCUCAGCCCACCGAGGCUCUGCGUCCACCCUCAGCCUCACGAAGCACAUCAUCCAUCCACACUGUAGCCUACAACAGGGGAGCAUAUUCUCCACAGACAUUGCUGUUUACAGUUUUCUUGAGCAACAGUUGCCCAAACAGGGAAAUAAAAGGUUUAACCUGUCCAACUAUUAAAACCAGUUAGAUAAUUUAAUAAAUAAUGUACUUUCAUUGAACCCAUUAUUUCCCAUCUAGUCUCAAACUAGAUGUGUGAAAAAAGCUUAUCUAUUUUUAAAUUCAUGAACAAAUGUGCUAAAUAUUAGCAAGUGAUUUUUAAAGUGCAAAAAGUCAAAGGGAAUGAAACAAUCUCAAGAUCUUUUAUCUGCACAUUCAGGCGUAAGCUCCCCCUCAGUUUCCAAGGAAGAUGUAGGAGCCCUGCUCUGUUUUGUCAUGAUGGGUAAUGUAGAUGGUGUUGAAUUUUUCUAGCCUCAUUUAAUGUACCUUCAAACUCCAUCCUCAAUGAAAAUAAAAUAACCAGAACAUUUCAGGCACUGACUACACUAACAUUUGGAGGCAAUACCUGAGGCUAAAACAUUAGAGUAAAACACAUUUUAUUUUCAUACUUCUGCAAUGAUUGUAACAUGUUUCUUGGGUAAUUUUAAUGCUUUCCCCCCACCCAUAUUCAAAAUAUCAAGCUUGUUGUCAAAAAACAAGUUUUCAAAUACUCAGUGUCAAAAAUUCAACUUCAUUGCUACACUUAAAAGUAAUGAAUUUUAUGUGAAUAUCAAAUGAACGUAAACUUGAAAUAAUUAAAUUUGAUGU